AUACCCGGGUAUUUCGACCUUAGUAGUCUGUAAGUUCUUUUAAACUGUACUUCGUAUGCAUGGGAACUGGUGGACAGUUAAGCAAAAUACGCCCGAGCCCUCAAAAAGCAUACACUUAACAUACCCUGUGUUAUGUUGAGUCUUGAUUAAAUUGAAAAUGACUUACUUAUGUGCGUUGUUAAUUAUGGAUAUAACCAUAUAUUUACAAAGUAAAUAAUACCAACUAUUCAGAAGAUUCACUGUUUAUCAUCUUCAAACCAAGCUUCCUGGUAGUGGCUUUUAUUUGUUCAUACAUGUAGUAUAUUUGUCCCUAAAUAUUGAUGAAAUUCUACCUCCAUAGAAUAAAUGUCCUAUUAUCGUUUAGAAUGUUAUUUUAAAAGUUUUACGGAUUCAUAGUUAUUUGGGUUAAUAAUACUUUCUUAAUGUGCCUAAACGUCUCAACUGUGAAGGGUGAAAUGUAUUAAUAUACUGUAAGUGGGAAUUUACAAAGAAGUUGAUGUUUUAGCAAUACAUAUGUCCACCAUCAUCAAGGAUGAUCAGAUCUACUGGUGGUUUACCGGAAUCAUCCACAACGUUUAAUAAACCGAACUGUGAUAGGGACGGCCUACGCAAUACAGCUAACAGUUUAAAUAAUGUUGUUGUUGUUACAGUCCCGUCAGUUAAUCUGACAAAUCCAUCUACUUCAGUGAUUGUUGUUAGUCAAUCGACUACUACCAUGUCUAGUUCUAGUCGUAAUUCUCGAAAUAAUAUUAAUUACAAAUGUUCAUGCAAAGAGUUAGCAUCUCAUCCUUCUCAUCGUUCUAAUCAUUAUUCAUCUGGUGUUCAUUCAUCACAUUUUCAACAUCAUGGUAAUCAUCAUCACCAUCAUCAUCACCAUCAUCAUCAUUAUAAUCAUCUUGGUCAUAAAGAAAACUACACCUCUCGUAGUGUCGUUGAAAGUAGUAAUUCAUCUUCCGCCAGUGGGAUAGGCAGUGGUACUAGUUCAAGUCAUCAUUAUUCUUCACAUUAUUCUACAUCUCAUCAAACUGGUUCAACUUUUCAACAAAACUUAAGACAUAAUUCAUUCCCCAUUAAAUGGAAACCAGCGAUAAGUAGACACUUACAAGAGUUCAUGAUCAGUCAAUGGGAACAGUUUCAUGCACAUCUGUUACAUUCGAAUAAUAUUGUUACAAAAUCAUGCUGUACUGGAGCAACAACAAUAAAUACUGGUACACUGACAACAGUACCUAUUAACAAUCAAUUUCCCACGUCUGGUGAUUCUACUAAUAAUCAUGACAGCCCAUCAUCAUCAAAUGACAUGACUUCAUCAAGAACUAGUUUAUCUGAUAAUUCUUCAUCAGGGCAAAUCGCUAAUUCCCAAUCUAAUAAUAAUGGUAGUAAUAAUAAUAGUGGUAAUAAUUCACCCUCGAUAAUUGAAUCAAAUAUUAUUGGUCGUAGUAGCGAUAGUAGAGUGAAUGAUUUACCUGUUACACUAGCUACUAUUACUACUACUAUUAGUGAUACAACACAUGGGUCUGGUAGCAAUAAUGUCAGUAGUAACACUUGUGGUGUUGUGAUAAGCAAUUGUAGUAGUUAUCCUAGACGUAAACAAAGUUGUGGAUAUGUUACAAAUCAAAUGGGGAAGGUUAUGAAUACAGGUUCAUUAGGGUGGAAAAGAAAUCAGACUUCAGGAAGAAAAAACUCAUCACCUGGGAAUUUCAACAACCGAUAUCCUGUAAAUUACUUCAGUAAUCGAAACUCUUCAUUCAUUAUAUCUACUUCUACUACUACUACUACUUCUACCACUGCUACAUCAAACAGUGUACUUCCUGUCGUCACGUAUAUUUCAUCAUCUAUAACCACCAUCACCACCACUACCACAACAACAACAACUCCAACAGUAGUGAAUUCAUCAAAUACUGAUCAAAUGAGUAUCACCACUGUAACCGUAAAUAAUCAACCCAAUUCGCAGAGUUCAAAUGUAAUUGAUUUUAAAACUAAUCCUUCAGUACCCACUCUAUCGUCGUCAUCAUCAGAGAGUUGUAUACAACAGAAAGUUUCUUCUCUUCCUGAAUCCAAUUCAAUUUUUAAAGUUGAUAUUUACAACACUUUGACUGUAACAAAUUCAAUAAUAAAUUCACAAAAAUUGGAAAUAAAAACAGAGAAUAUUGAUAAAGUUUCAGAUAUGAAAAUUCAUGUUAACAACAACUGUGUUGUUAUAGCACAACAACAUCUGUCUGACUUACAUCUUACCAGUGGUGAUGAUAAUAAUAAUACAAUUGUUAAGUUGAAAGAAGAUAUUCCAGUUGACGAAUCGACGAAAAGUUCAUGUGUUACUUUAUCCAAUUCAUCAUUUUUAUUAUUGCCUGAAGAAGAGAGAACAUCAACUACUGCAUUGAUUUCGAAAGUUGAUCAGGAAAUCGGAAGUUCUAUUAGCUGUGGAAAAGUUGAAGAAGGUGAGUGCUACUGUACUCCGGAUCCCCCAGCCUCUCCUGAAAAUAACACUACCCCACAUGAAAAUUAUUCCAGUAGUUAUCAUUCAAUUAGUGUAUCUCCAAGUCCUCCACAACUAUCAGCUUCAUUACCAUGCUCAAAAGAUCUAAACACUACUGCCUAUCAUCCACCACUUGGUAUCCGCACAGAAUUAUCUUCAAUGCUUGAUUUUCGUCGAUGCAGUCAACUCAGAGAUUCUCCUCUUAUCUCUUCAUCUAACAAUAGUAGGUUAGAAAGCCUCAAUGAUGUUGAUUAAAAUUCUAAUCAGCAUUCGUUUUCUAUUGUCUGUUAUAAUCAUCAAUAUUUAAUUGCCUCCAGGUUUUCUUUAUUUUGGAAAAACUAAAAACCCAUUUUAUUUUCGUUUUGACCAAUUGACAAACCGGUGGGUUCCUCCGAACCUGCACUUACGCUUGUCACAUUUUUCUUAUACUGCAUUAAAUUGUUUUAGUCUCCUAUUUAUCUGAUCUAUUUACCUAUAUAAUUAUACAAUAAAAUCUAUGAUUUGGGACUGUAUAAUAAUUUUAUUCAGUUAAUCAUAUAACUUAUCAUUUGAGCGGAUUUUGCAUUUGCUUAUUUGUUAUUUUUAACUGCGAAGUUGAUCAAUUAUCAUUUACUGAUUUUGUUUAACUACUGAUAUCGUUUGUUAGUAAUAUAAUCUUUUAUUUCAUUUUGUUUUUACCCCAAUACUUUUAUUUUUAUCGUUCGUUCAAGGGGAUUAAUAAUAUAAGCUGGUAAUUUAUUUAUUAUUGUUAUUAUUCUGUGUAGGUAUCUUUUAUGCUGCCAACUGUAUGUUUAUUUAUGUUGUGUUGUGCAUUUUCCAGGUUUUGUCCCCUCCUCACAGCCUCAAUUUGAAAUUUUUCUGUGCUAUUAUGGAUGAUUUCCAUAGUAGUAGUAUUAUUAGUAUUGUUUAUUUCUUAUUUGGCUGAUUUUUCAUGUUUUGAUUUUAUAAUAAUACAUUUCAGAGUAG